AUGAUCCCACCUGAUGUCCUGAUGGAGCAGCCGAUUCCAUUACGCAACCCUCUCCUCUUCUAUAUCGGACACAUCCCGACCUUCGAGGACAUUCAUCUAGCCAGGGCGACUGACAGCGCGCCCACUGAGCCAGCGUACUAUCAUACUAUGUUUGAACGGGGGAUUGACCCAGAUAUUGAUAACCCCUCGAUAUGCCAUGAUCACAGCGAGCUUCCAGACGUAUUUCCACCGUUGGAAGAGAUUCUGAUGUAUUGUGAGCGAGUCAGAAUGCGCAUCAGAAGUCUCCACGAGACAGGAAAGGCGUGUGUAAAUCGCUGCGCUGGCCGGGCACUUUGGAUUGGUUUCGAGCACGAGGCCCUUCACGUCGAAACCUUUCUCUUCAUGACCAUACAAAGUCCCAACAUUCGACCCCCUCCUGAAAUCCCCAAGCCUGAUUUUGAUAUGCUCGCGGAAAAAGCCGCCAGGCACCGCGUUAAAAAUGAAUGGUUCCGCAUCCCACGGCAGACCUUGACCAUUGGAUUUCAUGAUCCCGAGACAGACACAGGGCCUGAUCGUUUCUUUGCUUGGGAUAAUGAACGUGAGCCUUACGACACACAGGUGCAUCGCUUCGAGACACAAGGUAGACCAGUCAGCAACGGUGAGUAUGCAGACUAUUUAAUCACUACUAAGCAGUCGGAGAUCCCAGCUACCUGGAGCCGAACAGCGAACUCGAGACAUCGCGGUGAUGAUUAUGGCAGCUUCAUCUCUGGUCACAGCGUCAAGACUGUCUGGGGCCAUAUACCUUUAGGUCAGGCGUUAGACUGGCCUGUUAUGGCGUCGUUCAACCUGGUACAGGGAUAUGCGCGGUGGGCUGGUGCUCGUCUUCCGUCUCUGCACGAACUUCGAAGCAUUCACGAAUACGCUGAGCAACGGGGCAAGGGCCGUCCCAACAGCAAAGUCGACAAAACACCUCAUACGGAUCCUCGCGCGUUGUUCGUUGAUCUUAUGGGAACGAGCUCGGGGUUCAGAAACUUCCACCCGGUUUCAAUUACGCACAUCAAGGCAGUUUGUGGAUUGGGCAACACGGGAGGCGCGGCGGAGUGGACGAGUAAUCUUUUCCAGUCGCAACCUGGGUUCAAGCCGAUGGAUAUCUACCCUGGCUACAGUGCGGAUUUUAUGGAUGGCAAACACAUCGCCAUCGUUGGGGGAAGCUGGGCCUUGCAUCCUCGUCUUGCGGGACAAAAGAGCUUCUUGAACUGGUGGCAAAGGGGGUAUGCCUGGCCAUGGGUAACAUUUCGACUUGUGAGAGAUAUUGAGUAG